CCCCCUACUCUGCUCUUUGUCCUUCUCUUUACUUCACCACGUCAAUAAUUAUACAUACACAUUUCCUAUUUUCCCAGAUUGAAAUAAAUAAAUUAAUACACAUUAUGCUUCAAUAUAUAUAUAUAUAUAUGUGUGUGUGUGUUUGUUUGUGUGUUUAUUAAAGUCUGAAAGCUUUUUGAAAGUUUGGUUCUGAUCCUGGUGUUCUGUUCGGUGGUUUUGCUUUUUGAGGAUUAAAAGGAAGAGAAAGAGAGAAAUGGGAAGAACACCAUGUUGUGACAAGAAGGGCUUGAAGAAAGGGCCAUGGACUGCUGAAGAAGAUGAGAUUCUUGUUCAAUACAUCAAGAAAAAUAAUGGCCAUGGAAGCUGGCGUUCUCUACCUAAGCUUGCAGGUCUUCUUCGUUGUGGGAAGAGCUGCAGGCUUAGGUGGACAAACUAUCUUAGACCAGACAUUAAAAGAGGGCCCUUCACUCAAGACGAAGAGAAGCUUAUCAUUCAGCUUCAUGGCAUGCUUGGAAAUAGGUGGGCUGCUAUAGCUUCUCAACUUCCAGGAAGAACCGACAACGAGAUCAAGAAUCUAUGGAACACUCACUUGAAGAAACGCCUCCUCUGUUUGGGACUUGAUCCUCAAACUCAUGAACCUUUCAACUCAAAUUCUCACUAUCCAUCCACUACUUCUUCCCCUGCGUCGCCCACGACACGGCACAUGGCGCAGUGGGAGAGCGCUAGGCUCGAAGCUGAGGCGCGCCUCUCAAGGGAGUCGUCGCUCUUUACUUCUACUGCUCAACCUUUCACAACAAAAUCCAAUGACUCUGACCACUUCCUACGCUUGUGGAACUCCGAAGUUGGGGACUCAUUCCGAAAGGUAGCAGCAGUUACCAAAGAUGACAAAACGACUUGUUGUAGCCCAGUUUCGCAGGCUUCGGUUUCAGCCUUGACCACUGAGGCUGGCCCGAACAGGCCUGGGUUCGACACCGUGGCCGGUGACCAAGCCGAAGACAUGGAUUGCAAGAGCUACUUCAUCAAGUACUGUGAGGAUGAUCAUCAUCACGUACUUCUCGGUGCAGGGUCGGAUUCGUCAUGCUCGAAUGACAUGGAGGAUUCAUCAGAUAGUUCUGCAUUGCAGCUGCUGCUAGACUUUCCCAUCAACAACGACAUGAGCUUUUUGGAAGAGAAUUGCGGUGAUCAUUUCGCCACCGAUCCAGCCAUGUUGUCGGAAAAUUCUUUCAUCUGCCGUCUCUAAAAGCUUGGGCUUACAAAAGUAGUUAGGUGUUAGGCCAUGUUAAUCGCUGUUUUUUUUUUGGAGGUUUUUUGCAUUUUAUGAUGUCAAGAUAGAAUGGGUUGGCAGCACUAGUAGUACUAGUAACUAUGGUGAUUUUGGCUUUAAGAGCUAGCUAGACAAUGGAGUCAUUAAUUAAUAUCAGGCCAACUAAGUAGGAUUCAGUUUAUAUGUAUAGACAAGACUUAUAUGUAUAAUAUUAUUAUUGAAAUCAUAUAAUA